AUGUUAUACGCAUUCCCUUGGUUCUUGACAUGUCUGGGCGUCCUCGUGUGUGGAUACCCCCACGUCGCGCCCGAGGCAGUGGAACUAACGCAGCUGGACGUUGGGAUUUCUUGUGCCCAGUACCCGCGGACACCGACCGUCGUGACGUUUGUCGUGGAUCGACCAGACGCAGCUCCCCCCCUCCCCCUUCUCCUCCUCUUGCACUUUGAUUUCCUCAAGUUGAAGUCACUCGACACACUGACGGUUCGUGCAGUCGUGAACGGCACGGUGGGCGCGGUGGUCGACACGUUCACGUCUGCAUCCACAGCACCUUUCUUCUCCGUGCCUCUGCAUGCAACAGCCGCCGUGCUGGAGCUGCAUGUCACUGGCGUGUCGUCCCAUGCAUCUCCUUCGUCGGGGGGACCUUGCUUUGGGUUCCAUGUCGAUGGUGUGCGAACGUCGGCGAUCGACGACGGCAACCGUGUUGCCGCGGACGAAUCCAUCUGCGGAGUUGACGAGUCCAAGAAUGCGCAGUGUUUUGUCAGUUCUGGCAUGUACACUGCGUCCAAAGCGGUGGUGCGACUGCUCACCCAUCGCCACAAGCGGUCUGUGUUUUGCACGGGGUGGUUGCUGGGAUGCGACGGCCAUGUGCUCACGAAUGAACACUGUAUUGCCGACGCGGCCGACGCUGUCAACACGACAUUUGAGUUUAUGGCAGAGGGCGUGUCAUGUUCGACGAAUUGCUCCGGGCAAGGAAUGUGCAAGGCGGCUCCGAGGUUGUUUACCCGGGGGGCGACGUUCAUCAUCGCAUCCAAAGACCUCGAUUACUCGCUCGUCAAGCUCAGCCCCGCAACGAUUCCGCCUGGGCUUGGAUUCCUCCGACUCCGAGCGUCUGGACCCAAACUGAACGAGCCAGUAUAUAUCCCCCAGCACCCCCGCGGUUGGGGGAAGCGCGUGGCGGUGGUGAAGGGCAACAGAACGGGUACUAUCACGUCGCUGACGUUGUCGGGAUGUGCUGUGGACCAAGCAGGGUACAUGCUGGACACGCAACCGGGGUCGUCGGGCUCGCCUGUCGUGUCCGCUGUGGACAACACCGUUGUGGCGCUGCAUCAUUGCGGAGGAUGUCCGAAUGCUGGGAUUCAGUCGCAAAAGAUCCUAAAAGACUUGGUGGCACGCGGACUGUUGCCGCCGUGUAGUGCCGCGUAA